GUUCUCGACAGAAACUCAAGCAUCGAUUUCGGAAGCCUAUUUCCUCGAAUAAUUAUUCACCAACAAUCCAACAUAAAAGUAAUGAAUCAACAAAUCAAGUUUCUUCAAUACUUGAUAAAUUGCGCAAAGAAGUUCGAUUCAGCAACGGCUUAGCUUCAGCAGAUCUGUCGCCUACCUUGCCACAACCAGCGUUUAAUUAUUUAAUGCGAGAGCAUGCUGAGAGAGAUCAACGAGAAAGAGAAGACCGAGAUAUUAUGAGACAACGAGUAUCUGGUCCAGUACCACCCAAAAGCUGGUUAGUAGCCUGGAAGGGAGAAGUUGGUAAGGUUGAAACAAUGGAGUUUUUAAUUAAGGAAAGAAAAGAAAAAAGAAAAGUCUGGGACGACUCAACUCUUUCAAUGCGUGAAAUUCCAACACUUUUGGAAAGUUGUCUAAAAAUAGUGGCUACAAAUGUUAAAUCUUAUAUAUCAUGCCCAUAUUUUUCAAGUAUACCAACUCACCUUAAACAGCUUAUUCUUUCAUUUUUGAGUAUCUACAAUCCUCUUACCGAGGAAAUACUUCCAUUAUUUACCAUGGACACUGAAUAUGAAGAAUUAGAUCUUGCGAACAGUAGCAUUAAUUUCGAAAUUUUAAGAAAAUCUUUCUGGAAAACUGUCAGAGAACAAAAUUGGGAAAACAAUUUAGUUGAAGAUUGGGAGGAUCUCGUUGAUCAAGAUGAUGAAGAAACGGAUGUUAUAUCUUAUAGAACUUUUAGUAAGCAAAUUGAUCUUACAAUCGAAGAUGAUACUUCAUCAAAGACAAUAACAAAAAUGUACAUUUCUAAACUUCCAAAACUACGUAAAUUAAAUUUGGCGUUUAACAAUAAUAUUCCCGGAAUUCCUAUAUCUUUUCUUUUGGUUUCAACAUCACCAUUAUUAACACAUUUGUCAAUUGCUGGAUGUUUUAGCCGUGAAGAUGGUCCACAUUCAUUACGUAUUCUUUCAGGAUUAAUAAACCUUUUAUUUCUAGAUGUAUCUUAUUGUGAAUGGGUAACAGAUCAAAUUAUAUUACAAGUUAUAAAUUGGGAUAGAGAUUUGAAAUCAUUAAGAAUUUUGGCUGCUUUGAAUUGCGGCUAUUGGAAAGAUGUCGAAAUAGUGAGAAAGAGAUUAUCGGAAAACCGAAAAUCAUUUGAGCUAUGGACUAGGUAA